ACACGUCUGAAGUAACCGCUGUCAGAGCACCUGUCAUGGAAACACAAAGUCAGAAGAGCCAAGAAGUCAGUCGGCCUACAUCAGAUAUCUCCUCUGAAUACUAUGGUGGUCCUGUUGCUAAUAAUUCUGAAUUUGGCCACAACAAAGACACAGUGAACCUGGAGUUUGGGCCUUUACCACAUAGUCAAAACAAAAUAGAAAUGGAGACUGCAUUAACAUCAGAUAUUUCCAUUCCAGUAGCUGCAGAGGAAAUACACAGACAGGCCUGCCCAGAAGACAGUGAACCUAUCACAGGCACAUCUAAUGAAGUUCAAAAAGUUCUGCUGACUGGGAGCCUUAAGUGCAUCAAAGAUGAAAACAUGUUUCCCGCACAAUCGGUUGUUUUGGAGAAUCGAAUUGCAAUGGAUUGUCACAAUACUACAUCCACAGAAGGACCUGGAGUGGAUAUACAAAACCAGAAGAGCCAGGAAAUUGAAAUUUCUACGAACGUAUCUACUGUCAUUCAAGAUCUUAUGAUUGAUAAUACUGAAAAUGAUGAUCAAAUGAAGGCUGAAUCUGUAGCUCUGUCAGAGAAAAUCAUAAAGGAAAUGCAAGAGAUUUCUAAUCCAGUGUCCAGAGUGGAAAUGGGAGUCCAAGGAAAUCCAGAUCCAGUGACUGCUGCCAUUGAAAGUAAAGGAAAUAAAUACAAAGUUUUUGUGGGUUGUGUUAUUGCUGGUGAGAAUAAAAUGGAAGUGGAUACACAGUCAGUGGAUAUUUCUCCUCCAACACACAUGGUAGAAGUGGAGAAACGAGAAACCCACAAAGUCAGUGAACUUACAACUAACAUUGAUGUUAAUAAUAGCCUGACUAUUUCCAAUACUGAAACUAAGCAAAAUCAAUCCAAUAUCACAGAAGAAUGUGUCGAUGAGACUGCAAAUGAAAUUGACAUGGCUGAGCAGACAGUGGCACCACAAGAAGAGAUUUCUACUCCAUCACCUCCAGGAGAACAAUGCAUCCAAGAAGCUGAUGAUCCCAAUGAUACAGAGUAUCAAAAAGAUGUAAUUACUACAAGUUGUCCUCAUACGGAAGAUAAACAAAGGGGUGCAGUUGAUGUUCCAGAGAAUAAAACAAAUGUUGAGAUAACUGCAGUGCCAGAGGAGAUUUUUAAACCACCUUCUAUGGAAGAACGUCAAAAUGAGGGGAUGGAUGUCUGUGAACCCACUUCCUUAUCUAAUGAUACCCAGAAAUAUAUCCCAGAGGCUCAUUCCCAAAUCAAGGCCAAUGACAACACACCUGAGGCAGAGCCUAUUGCUGUGGAUGUCCAAAACGAUACAAGUGGAUCAAUGGAGAUGUUGGAUUGUCUGCAACAACAAGUGAGGAGGGAACAAGUAAUUGAAGAGGUCAAAGAAAAGGCAACGUUUUCCCCCACUAAUAAGGCGAACACAGUGCUCCACAGUAUAGAAGAGCAAGGAGAAGAAACUAGAAGCAACGAGGAAAUGCUUUGUGCUUGUGGCCAACAAGGUAACAUUAAGACUGUAAUCCAAAGCUCAGCAGAGGAGAUUAAAAUGGUUCAUAAAUUAGGAGUUGAGCUGAAGGAAAGUGAGAUCAUCUAUGAGCCCAUCAGUAGUCCAGAGAGUAAUGAUGACAUCAAUGAGAUAGCUCUAGAACUACACCAAGUCCAUGGUGCACAUUUAGUGGAUAUUCAGAGAAAGGAAAUCCAAGCAAAUGAAGAUUUAAUGACUUUUUCUACUAGUAAAAAUAAUUUCAUAAGUGAUUACCCAAACAUGGACAGUGGGGACAAUGUAAAUAAAGCCACUUGUGUAUUAAACAGCCCAGCAGAAAUUGAAAUGGAAGUCAAAACUGCCAGUGCAUCAGAAAGUUCUGUGUCUGCAAAGUUGGAGAAAACUAAUGUGGGAAUGGCUGUCCAACAACCUGCCAGAAUGAACCCCAGUGAGCUUUUCUUCAUGCCACAUGGGGUAGCAGAAGAUGUAACAGAAAACAGUGGAUUGCCAGCGUUUGUCAGUACCACACUGUUUUUCCACCAGAACAGUGCUGAAUUUGUGGAUGUAGCAGAUGUUAAAGUAGCUACUUCAGCUGUUCAGGUACAAAGUAGAACACAGCAAAUGGAGGUUUUGGAUAUCGGAAUGGCAACUGCUACAGCUGAUAUUCAAGCUAGUGCACCUCAAAUUGAUGAAACUACAGACAUCAUCACAAGUAAUGCAGUUGGGAUACAAGAUAGUGUACCUCAAACUGAAGAGACUACAAAUGUCCCAGUUGCAAUUUCUGCAGUUAAAAUAAAAGAUUGUGUGUCUCAAACUGAAGAAAUGAUGGAGACCACAAUAUCACUUGCUGCUGUUGAAAUGCAAGAUGCCACAUCUCAAAUUGCAGAGUCUGCAGACACUGAUGCACUUCGACCAGUUGAUGUAGAAGAUAGUGGAUCUCGUGUUGAGGAGGUGACAGAUGACUCUCUGACAGCUAAUGUGGUUGCAAUGCAAGAUGCUCACUCUCAAAUUGAUGAGGUUACAAAUGUUUCAUUGGCAACUUCUGUAGUUGACAUACAAGACGGUACACAAUUUGAGGAAGGUGCCAACAUUUUUCUGGCAUCUACUGCCGUUGAGAUACAAGGGAGCACAUCUAAAAUUGAUGAGCAAGCAGAAGUCUCUGAGCCAGAUGUUGGCUUUGCAACAGAAGUUAGUACAUAUCAAAUUGGGGAUGUUGCAGAUAUUACACUAGCAGCUUCUGCCACCACUGAUGCUGAGCUACAAGAUGACACAUCUGAAGAGUAUGUGAUCUUGGAACCAGUCAGUUUCACAAAUAACAUUUGCAUUAAUACUGUGACUCAAGCACAAUCUGGUUUACCAUCUUUGGUUCCAAUGCAGGUGGACCUUGACAGUAAUUUUGUGCAGCAAUGUCCAACUGCUGAUGAGGUCAAAAGUGAGGACCAGGAAAAUGGGCUCUGUGUCAACAUAUCAGCUGGGGCACCUUCACAGGAAGGUUUAGAGUUUUCUCCACAUACUCCUUAUCAUCAACCAUUAUCUGAUGUUAUGGAGACUAAUAUGACAGAAAUUGAAAUGGCAAGCCCUUAUGCACAUGAACCAUGGAAAGGCACAAAGGAACACUGUAAUGUGGUAACAUCUGAGAAUUUUGAAGCUAACAUGGACCUCCAAGAACUACAGAUUCUAGAGGAUAUCGAGAUUGGUCGUGAGAUUGUUGUGGCAGAGGGAGAAAAUGAUGACGAUUGUAACAUUAUAAUCCUUGAACCACCCAAAUCAAUCCCUGCUGAUGAACAAGCUAAUGAGAAAACUAAAGAGGACAUUACCACAACCAAUCUGAAAGAGAACAGCAUAGCUAAUAAAAAACAGCAGGAAGCAGAAAAGCCCAAGAAACAACAAAUGAAUUCUCAGGCCCGUACCAAAGCGCGUCUUGCAGCUUUAGCCGAGCAGAAGGCCGCAGCUGCAAAGAGAUCAGCACAUAGACAGCAGCUGAACCUUCUUGCCCUUUGUCAAGAGAUAGCUGAGGACAUUGCAACAGACAGCAUGCUGAUGAAGAGGAUAGAGGAGGAGAAACAAGCAGCAGCAGCAAAGAAUGAAGCUAGCAAGAAGAAAAGUCUGCCUGUUAACACACAGGAAGCAGACCAUGUUGACGUUGUGACUCCCGAUCCAACAAAAGAAUGUCCUGUAUCAGUGAUCCCUCCUGAGGAGCUACCUGCUACAGCUAUUUCUGCUGAACCCCGUCCUGUUACAGAGCCUCCAAAGAGACGUUUCUUUAUCUCCCAGGUUGCAGUUCCGCUCAAGGCCCAUGAGAAAAAGAAGCUUACGAGAUACCAACGAUUAAGACAGGUUGAACUCCAGAGAGAGAAAAUGUCAUGGGCACGUGUAAAGAAACUUAAAUCGGACCAAGCAAAUCAGUUGUUUUCAGAAAUCGACUGGCAAGCACCCAUGUCUACAUUCUCUCUAUUUAGUCAACAGCAGGUGGGGAAACCAGCAACGACAACUUCUCCACCUGGGCCUAGUCCGUCUAAAACAUCUCUCCCAAAUCCAGACUUGGUGAGCAAGUCUGAAGCACCUGAGGUAGAGCUUCCCAAAGCUGAGCCUCCUAAGGUAGAGCCUGUUAAAGACGAACCUCCGGAAACUCAGCCCUCUAAAAUGGAACCGUCGAAAACUAGACCUGCUAAAGCUGAACCCCGCAAAACCCGUCAGGCUGAAACUGUAAAGGCAGCUGAUGUUCAGGUGCCGGUCGCAAAAAUGACCAGGUCAGCAGCAAAGAGGACCUUACCAGCAGUACCUCCACCCAUGCCUAAUGGACUCACUACCCAGAAGCUGAAGCCUGACGUGGAGUACAAGCCAUACAGACCCAGGCCCAAGUAUUCCCCUGAUGACUUUGAACUUGAUGAUGACCCAUUACCAGUAGCUUUGACUAAGCUCAGCGUGCCAACACCUAACCAACAGUCAAAACCCACAGCUCAGUCUAAAGCCACACUUCUGUCAAAACCUGCUGUUUCGUCACCAACUCCAAUGCAGACAAGAUCUAAAGCACAGAUGUCUCCUGCUGUAAGAGUCUCAGGUCAUUCAAAUCCCACAGCUUUAAGAUCAGCUCAGACAAAACCUUCCACCUCCACCAAUCCACAGUCAAAGUCUGCCACUACAAAUAAAGCCCAGCAAAAAGCUACGAGGAGUGCAGCGUCACCAGUGCCUGUUCUUUCAGCGAAAGGUCAAUUAAAGCAUCUUCCUGUGACAAAUUCUCAGUCCAAAGCUCUUUUACCACCAGGCAAUUUAAAGCCUGCAGCCUCUGCUACACCUUCUGCUACACCUCAGUCACAGCAUUGUUCUCCCACACCAGCUCAGCCUAUUGUUUCAAACACAUCUGAGACAAAGCCUGCUGUUCCUGCGUCCGAGGUUCCAUCGAUUCCCCAGGAAAUCCCAAAUCUUCCAUCAUCUGAAGAUGACAAAUGCAAGGGUGCACCUGAGCAACUUUCUUCAGCUUCCAUAUCUUCACUUCCUUCUGCAGAGACCGUGAAAGCUUCUGAAAGCACACAGCCAUGUGGCCAAAAGCCUGCAGUCGCUGAUGCUGAUUCUUCUCCAGAGAAUAUCACAAAAGCAGGCGAGGCACCUGAGAACAUGUCAGAAGAUGGUGAUCAAGAUGGUGCACUAAAGGCAGAUCAUGACGAGAAUUCUGAUUCAUGCCUGCAAAAACAAGCUAUGCUAAAGGAUGCUGAUGUCGACGGCAGUGAAACUCCUGCAGAAGCAGAACAGAAGCACUUUGGUACAGCGGCCUGCAGUGUUUGUGGGAUGCUGUAUUCUACGACCAACCCUGAGGACGAAUCUCAACAUUUGCUCUUCCACAACCAGUUCGCCAGUGCCGUGAAAUAUGUGGGAUGGAAAAAAGAGAGGAUUCUGGCAGAAUAUCCUGAUGGCAAGAUCAUUCUCGUACUGCCUGAUGAUCCCAAAUAUGCUCUAAAGAAGGUGGAGGAGAUCAGGGAGAUGGUGGACAAUGACCUCGGCUUCCAGCAGGUUCAGACGAAGUGUUUAUCUCAAACCAAAACCUUCCUCUUCAUCUCCAAUGACAAGAAAGUGGCUGGAUGUCUCAUAGCAGAGCACAUUCAAGAGGGAUACCGGGUGAUUGAGGACCCCAUGCCGGAUGGUUCAGAGGGAGAGAAACUGAUGUUUGAACGGCAGAGAGCGUGGUGCUGCUCCACCAAUCCUGAACCAGCCAUUUGUGGCAUCAGCCGCAUCUGGGUUGUCAGUAUGAUGAGACGCCAGGGCAUCGCCUCACGCAUGCUCGAGUGCCUCAGGAAUAACUUCAUAUACGGUUCCUAUCUGAGCAAAGACGAGAUUGCUUUCUCUGACCCCACGCCUGAUGGAAAACUGUUUGCCACACAUUAUUUUGGAACGUCCCAGUUUUUGGUUUAUAAUUUUGUAAGUGGAACACAUUCAUCCAAAUCUGAUGCCGUAUGACAGAAGUCCCCGACAGCUUUAACGGAGACCAACGGGACUGAAGCUCAUCACUGAAACGGAGUCCUAGCUUCAUGAAUUUUCAAGUAAAUUACUUCUUGUUGAAGAUACACGUUUGUUUAAUUCUCAGGAUAAAAACAACAAAAUGUUGUUGAGAACUAUUCAUUCGCCCUUUAAGCCGCCCCCCUUCCAGCCCCCAACAGUAUUUUGGAAAACAAAAAAAAUAAAAUAAUAUUUUGAAGUAUGGAAACAGUUUUACUAGCAGUAUAGAGUUUACAUGUGUGACCUGGCAGCAAUAGCAAACAAGCAGCAUUUUAUUGUUUUUGUUUUACGAGAAUCACACUGUCCUCCUUUUUGUUUAAAAAAAAUGGAGGUUUUCUUUUUUUAUGGUGAGGUUUUACACCCUGUCAGUGUGUACAUUGAAGAUUUUUUCCACCUUUCUCUCUAUACAUUUAAUAGCGAUGCCAGCAGACAUUUCAAAAUAUUUCUAAGCAACACCGAUGUAACUCUUAAAAGUCACUAAUGUGUGAUUUUUCACAUUAAGGUUUGAGUUCACUGUCACAGUUGACUGUAACAUUUGAAACAAGUCACAGAAAUCGCAGUUAAAUGUUGAAAUCAGGUGAACUCAUUUCACCAGAUGUUACGAUCUCAUGAAAGAACUGUAGCUUGGGCAAUAAUCGUGCUUCAACUUUAUUAAAUCACAUUUCAGUUUAUUUUUCCGAGCUGAGCCAGAGACCAUAAACCAUUGAGCAAGGCACUGUAGCCUGUACUGUAUGAGGGAUGUGAUGUCCUUUAGUUUCACAGACUCUUGUGUGCCGAUUUUUUUUCUUCGUUUUAUUUCCUCAUGUUGCUAAGCAGCAGACUGUUUGUGCGUAUUGAGUUAGCGUAGCAUAUCAUCCUCCUAUUCCUUAGUAACAGCAAAUAAAGUGUAUAUCAAAUUGUCUUGUAGAUUGUGCAUUAUAACGAAGCGUAUAAUGAAGUUUGAGCAGGAGUUUGAUGGAAAAUAUCAGAUGUCAUCUUUUGUGAAUUCAGAUAGUUUUGCUCAGUGAUUAACAGAUUAACGUUUAUUAUAAUCCAUCCAUUAUUCUCCUUUGUUAAAUUGCUUUUAGAAGGGUGUCGCGCCAUGAAAAUAAAUGUGAUUUAUACAAAGCUGUUAUGUAAAUAUUUAUUUAAUAAAUGCAUAUAAAACAUU